CGUCUCGAUGUGUCAAAAGCACACACGUCCUCUGCUCACCUCUCUCUCCCAACAUCUCUGAGUUGUACCCUUUUUGCAUGCAUUUGCAAUGGCGGGAACACUUCAAACCCUACACCUCAACCCUCUGGCCACUAGAACUGCUCCUUUCCGACGACAACCACCAUUUGUACCGGCGAUCAAUAUCCCAUUUUUCGGCGGUUUCUCCGUUGAUGUCAGCCAGAAGAAUUCGCUUCUUUGGAAACUCCGUUCAGUUCCAGGAAAACCCAUCAAAGCAAGUGAACAAUCUAAUCAGGGAAAUAGUGGUGUAGACCAGCCUAGUGGAGCUUCGGCUCCGGAGAAGGUGUUGAAUUGGACAAAACCGUUGUUGAAUUUUGCUGCAAAUAAUUUUCUUCCGCUAGCUCUUGUUGGUGGAGUAGCAUUAGGAAUUGCAAAUCCUACCCUUGGUUGUCUUGCUGAUAGAUAUUAUCUAUCAAAAUUUAGCACUUUUGGGAUUUUUAUUAUCUCAGGGCUGACAUUGCGUAGUGAAGAAAUUGGUGCAGCCACUGAAGCAUGGCCAGUUGGACUUUUUGGGCUAGGCUCUAUUUUGUUGUUCACUCCCUUCUUUUCAUGGCUUAUUCUGCAACUUCCGCUCCAACCUCAAGAAUUUGUUACAGCUUCUUUGCUAACCUUGGGCACUUCUCUGGUUCCUGCAGGAUUGGCUAUAUUUAAUUGCAUGCCAACAACAUUAUCAAGUGGAGUGGCACUCACUAGGCUUGCUGGAGGAAAUUCUGCCCUUGCUCUUGCAAUGACUCUGAUAUCUAAUCUGUUAGGAAUUUUAAUUGUCCCUUUCUCUAUCUCAAAGUUCAUUGCUGCCGGAGUUGGUUUAUCAGUUCCAACCAAGCAGUUGUUCAAAAGCCUUGUCCUCACUCUUUUAGUUCCUUUGAUCUUGGGGAAGGUAAUACCUCUGUUGAAUCCAUAUACUGCAUAUAUGUAA